ACGAGAGCGCGCGCCUCGGCGCGGGAACGCGCCCCGGGGAGAACCCGAGCAAGAUGGAGGCCGCGCGGAGGCCGCCUCCUGGGCCGAGGCAGCCGCUGCUGGGAGCGCCGAGCCGGGGCGCCUAGGCCGUGCCAGUCCCGGACCCACUGCUCUGGACCGGGCCCAGCUCCCGCCCGCCCGUCAGCCCGGCAGCCCGGCGGUCGGUCCCGGGCCGGCGGCCCCCGCCAGCCGCCGUCGCCGCCGCCGGCCCCGCCCCCGGGCACCAUGCUGCCCUCGCAGGAAGCCUCCAAGCUCUACCAUGAGCACUACAUGCGGAACUCGCGGGCCAUCGGCGUGCUAUGGGCCAUCUUCACCAUCUGCUUCGCCAUCAUCAACGUGGUGGUCUUCAUCCAGCCCUACUGGGUGGGCGACAGCGUGAGCACCCCCAAGCCUGGCUACUUCGGCCUCUUCCACUACUGUGUGGGCAGCGGGCUGGCGGGCCGCGAGCUUACCUGCCGCGGCUCGUUCACCGACUUCAGCACCAUCCCGUCCGGCGCCUUCAAGGCAGCCGCCUUCUUCGUGCUGCUCUCCAUGGUGCUGAUCCUCGGCUGUAUCACCUGCUUUGCGCUUUUCUUCUUCUGCAACACGGCCACGGUCUACAAGAUCUGCGCCUGGAUGCAGCUCUUGGCAGCUCUGUGCCUUGUGCUGGGCUGCAUGAUCUUCCCCGACGGCUGGGACGCCGAGACGAUCCGGGACAUGUGUGGGGCCAAGACCGGGAAGUACUCCCUGGGGGACUGUUCAGUGCGCUGGGCGUACAUCCUGGCCAUCAUCGGCAUCCUCAACGCCCUCAUCCUCUCCUUCCUCGCCUUUGUGCUGGGCAACCGGCAAACAGACCUGCUGCAGGAGGAGCUCAAGCAGGAGAACAAAGAUUUUGUGGGCUCUACAGUAAGCUCUGUGUUGCGGCCAGGGGGUGAUGUCUCCGGAUGGGGAGUCCUCCCCUGUCCCGUCGCUCACUCACAGGGACCCUGAGGGCCAGGAUCACAGCCCAGGAAUUGACCUGUCCUCAGCUUCUCCCGUUGCCUGCCCUCUCAUCCCUUCAUUCAAGCUCCAGGGGAAGACCCCAUCGAGGACUGACUUCUCAUCUGCUACCUGCCUGUAGCUCCAGGCUUUGAAGAGAUCGGGGCUGGGAUGCAGUGUGGGGGAGGGCCUGAUUCUGCUCUUCCCUCAACUGACCUAAGGGAGCUGGAGCCCCGGGCCCUUGGGCUUCUCCUUUCCUCCCUAGCCUGGCCUGGGGACCCUGCAAAGUCUCCAGGGGAAGAGACGCAGUGGUUCCAGUUCCCCAGGCCCCCUCAGUCUGGAGGGCUGCUGCCUGGCUGUAUCCUUGCCUCCUCUGGUCCCUGCCUCCUGCAGAAACUUAUUCAAGACACUGGCCUAGGGUGGACCGGACUUUUUCCUAUUUUUUUCUCCUCCGAUGAUGGUUCCAUCAUAUCAUUACAGAGCUCCAGGUGCCACCAGCCUCCCUGGGGCCUCUCUGCCACCCGCUCCAGCCUGUUCUCAUCUCUCCCAAAGGAGUCUGAGCUGCACUGAGGGAGAAAGCACAGGGCCUCCCUGUCAACGGCUGACUGGGGCCCUGGGCAGCCCAGAGACUGAGGACAGACAGGCUCUGGAGGCAGUAGGGGGGGGUGCUCGGACUCCUGUCUUGAUGGCAUCUGAUCAUGGCAGCUGGGGCUGGAAGGGGCUCAACCUGGGGCUGGCCCGGCCUCCUCUCUGCUGGGGUGUCUCACCAGUGACUGGACCCUUGACCCCAGCCUGUUUUGUACAGCACAGACUUCUUGGCCCUGUUGUCAGGGCUGGGGGUUUGGGAGGGGGGCCCGAGAGUGGGGAAUUAGGGGAUACAUCACCCCUUUGCCCCUUCUCAUGCCCCCAGCCCAGGCAUCUGCCAAGGGCAGAGACUGUCUUGCCUCUUUGAUACUUUUUCUGCAUAACUUGAACUUGCAGGUCACCUCUGAACAGGGUACCCCCUGUCCCCAUCCCCAGGCCUUGUAACCUUAUCCCUACCUCCACUUCCUCCCCUUGCCCACCUCUCGCCUUGCGGUAUGCCCAGGGUCUGCAGCCCAAUGGGCAGUGCUUGGAGCUGAGGCAUGAGUGUGUGUGUGUGUGUGUGUGUGUGUGUAUGUGUGCGCGCGUGCAUGUGUGUGACAGAGUGAGUGUAUGUGUGCACGCGCGUAUGUGUGUGUGUGUGUGUGGCGGGGGGCAGAUGGGGAGUCCUCUCUCUUUCCUCUCCUAAUGGGGGGGCGUCUCCUUUCCCUUUGGCCGGGAGCAAGUGAGGGAGACUCCAGGUGUUUAUAAACUCCCCUCGCUGCCUGGUGGACCUGGCAGGCAGUAGAGCCAUCUGGCCUGGGACAUGGACAGCCCCUUUCAGCUCCCAGUUCAGGUGGCAGGUUGGUUUCAUCUAGUGUGCCUACUACUGUCUUCAGGUACUGGGAGGAAGUACUGGUCCACUGUGUAGCAGGAGCACGAGGCCUCUGCAGGUUCAGUGGGGAAGCUUGUCAUCACUUCCUAUCCGGGUCUCAACCAAAGGAGGGGAGAAAAGCAGCGAGUGCCAUGUAUUUGCCAAUCUUGUGUUCAUUUCCAUAGGACUUGGACCUGAGAGGGUUUCCAAGACAGACCCUAGAAAUCCUCUGCCUGAGACCCCCAUCUGGACCCUAAUUGGAGUCAGAUGCUGGGUCCUGGUAGGAUUCCUGAAACCUGGAACUUACCAAGUCUUGACCUUCCACCCCCUCCACCAACUCCCCCAUCCUGGGCAAACACCUUUCGUCUGGUGCUCUGGCUCCAGCCCCAUGCUCCCCUCUCCCACUCCCCCAGGGCUCUACCUGCAGUGUGGGGCUCUACACCUGGGGCCUGUGCUAAAUGGGAGGGUCUGGGGAGCCUCAUGGGAGGCAGUGGGGGGCAGAAGUGAGUUCCUUAAAGAUCCAAACCAAAGCCCAGUGUUGGCAGGCUACAGGGUGGGUGGGCAGGAGCCAGUAUCUGGGAAGGGGGAGAGAUGGGAGAGAGCCAGAAUGAGAAAGGGGAGAGAAGGGGUGGAGAGGCAGAGAAAUGGGGAAAGGAGAGAUGAAGAGUGUAGGGGAGAGGGGACCCUGAUGCAGAGAGCCUGGAGGUAGUGGGGAGGUGGCCGGGAAGAUGGAGAAGGAAUAGGGACAGGGAAGGAGGCAAAUGGAGAGGUGAGGUGUGGAUAGCAGACUGGAGUGCAGGGGGAUGGCAUGAGGAGGAGAGGAGGGUAAUGGGGGCAGGACAAUGAGGAACAGGAGUGGCUGCUGUGUGUGCACUGUGUGCAGGGCUCCUGUUCCCCCAAGGGGACUGCUGGGGGAGUGUGGGGGCAAUGGAGCCCUGUUGUGGGAGGGGGGGAUGUUAGAACCGCCCCUCAGAGGCUGAGGCUACUGCCCACCUCUUUGGGGCAGGGGCAUGACUGGAGUGGGUUAGUGGGAGGGAAGAGGGAUGUCAAUCCCUUUGAGGUGGGGUCUGAGUGCCUCCAAGUCACCAUGCAUCCAGCCAGCUGCCACCUUGCUGAGGAAGGGGCUGCCCAGAGAUGCACCUAGGAGUGUGGGUGGGGUUAGGAAAGCAGGGUUGGGCAGGUGAAGGAGUGUCAGGGGAACACAGGGAAGGGAAAGAGGCUGGAGUGGGCACCAAACCAUAGCCCCAUCCCUCAGGCUUCAGCACAGGUGGGACCAGAGUGAGGAAAUUGCUUCAGGCAGGGGCCCCAUGUGAGGCUGAAGUACCAUCACCCUGUGGCCCAGAUGGCUCUCUAGGGGCAAGGAAGCCAUCAUGGACACGGGGAGGUUUGUGGUUUGCCCUCAGCCAAGGCAGGCAAAUUGACUUUUCCCUUUGGGAGGAGAUGAAUACAGAGAUCCCACCUCAGUGUGGCCCCUGGGACUCUUGCUUCUUUAAAGAAGUUGACCUUUGAGUGGCCCAUGGAGGCACUCCUCCCCCGAGUUGUGACUGGAUGAGAGGGGUCUGGCACUAAUAGGUUGUCUUUGCUAUGUGGUCUGGGGACUUUCAGAAGAGGCCGAAGCAGCCACAACAUGGAGGUGGUUGAGAGCACUGGUUGGUCAAGUCCUUCUGAAUCUCUAGGAUGUGAAAACUUUCCUGUUUGGGAACCAGUACCCCCUCAGGAAAACAUGUUUUUCCUGAGGGGUUGAGGACCAUGGGUAGGAUUGAUUCUUUUCAGGCCUGGACUAUCCAAGCUGAGAACUUUUAGACAAGGCUGUAGGGAAAUUCCUUGGCCUUCUUGAGAUUCCUGCUUGGGCACAGGGAAGUCAGCCUUCUCCAGCUUCCAGUGUGAUUGAGACAGGGGAACCCUCUCUUCGGAGAAGCUGGGACCUUCCCAGCACAAGAAACUUGCGCAGGUCCCUGCCUGGCUGAGGGCUAGCCUUCGGGUGAGCAUGGAGUUUCCUGAGAAGGGAAUGAGGGGGAUAGUCCUUCCCAGAGCUCUGACCAGCAGAUCUCAGGGGCCUGUGCUGUGUGUCAUUAGGAUAGCUUGGUGUUGUCUACACGCCAUUAGUAAGUUCUGUCUGAAUGUGUCCUCGCUGUUCAUCGUCCAGUUUGGUAACAUUUAUUUCAGUCCUGACCCCUUCUGCUGCUGCUGGAUUUGAGCUUCAGUGCAGGUGGAAUGAUGUUCAAAUAAAGAAACACUUUAUAUCACC